AGAGAGAGCAGCACAGCUGACCUUCAGCAGUGAAAAAAAAGGAAGCAGAGACCCAAUAGGCAGCCUGUUUACCAGGGGAGAGCAAAGUGUGGUAGAACAAAGCAGAGGAGAGAGUAAGAAGUUCUCAUUGAGGACGAAAGGACUUGAGAGUGCAGUACCCACACCAGGACAAUGAAGGCUGAGCUAGGAUUCUGCUCUCUGCUUCUUCUUCUUCUUACCAUAGAUGUUUGGGGACAGCAAUCCAGACCCCGACCUCGACCUCGACCAAAACCUCCCACCACCACCAAAAAGCCUCCCAAAAAGGAACCUGAACCCAAGGAGCCUACUGACUUUCCUCCUGUAAUUUAUGGUCCACCAUCUUCAUUCCCAGACUGUCCAAGGGAAUGCAUGUGCCCCGCUUCCUAUCCAAAUGCAUUGUACUGCGAGAACCGCAACCUCCGCAAGGUCCCUGUCAUCCCAGCUCGCACCCACUAUCUCUACCUACAGAACAACUACAUUGAUUCGGUGACUGCAGACUCCUUUAACAAUGCCACAGAGCUCAAGUGGAUGAACCUAGGAAAUAACCGCAUUCGGUCUGUAGAGACCCAAGUAUUUGAGAAACUUCCAAACCUGUUGCAUCUGUAUCUGAAUAGGAACCUUUUAAAGGAAGUCCCAAGCAAUCUGCCUGCUGGCUUGGAGCAGCUACGACUCAAUCGUAAUCAGAUCUCGAAGAUCGCUCCUGGAGCUUUCAACAAGAUGGAACACCUUGCUCUACUCGACUUGCACCAUAACAGGAUUAGUGACAGCAACCUUGCCAAGAACAUUUUUAAAGAUCUUAAGAACCUGGUGCAGCUUAACCUGGCUCACAACAUCCUAAGGAAAAUGCCCGCAAAUAUACCCCACAGCAUUGCCCAGUUGUUCUUAGACAGGAACAACAUUGAGGACAUUCCCCAGAACUAUUUUAAAGGCUUCACAAACCUGGCCUUUGUCAGACUUAAUUACAAUCAUUUGACUAACAAGGGCCUCCCAAAGAUGGUAUUCAACGUUAGCACACUGCUGGAUUUGCAUUUGGCGCACAACAAUCUGACUACCGUUCCAUUGUUCAACUUGCACCUGGAGCAUCUACACCUUAACAACAACAAUAUCGAAAGUAUUAAUGGAACAGAGCUCUGUCCUUUUACACUGAGUGACGUGCCUGAUCCAGACAACGUUCCCAAGCUGAGGUACCUGCGGCUGGAUGGUAACCAGUUGACCCCGCCCAUCCCAAUGGAUGUCAUCAUGUGCUUUAGAAAUCUGCACUCACUAAUGAUCUAGAGGAUGUCUGAAAUUGUUGUCUAUGCACAGUGCUCCUGUUCACUUGACAGUACUGACUGAAUUAACAGUACUAUGGGAAACACAUUGAAACAGUUGCUUGAUAGUUUCAGGAAUGAUUGCCUGAGCUUCGAAAAAAAAAAAAAAAGUAUAUUUAUUAAACUUCAAAUAGAAAGAAAAAGCUUUGAGCAUGUCUGCAUUAAAGAUACCCAUUCGAUGUUAUGUUCUUGUGAUGCAACAGUAUUAACUACAAUUAAGUAUCUAUGAAAUGAAGGUGCAUUAACUGACAUGCAGUUUUCAAUCUACAUUGUAGUUACUGUAUAAUGUACAGAACAGCUUAACUACAGUCGACUGGCUGAUUAUACACUUAUUGACCACUUACAGCAGGAACGCCUUUACAUGCGCUUAUUCAUGUUGUUAUCCAUUCAGUCAAUCAUGGCAAUGGUGCAAUGCACUCUGUUGUGCAAGAACAGAUCAAGCUUAUGCUAAUGUUCAUUAAACAUCAGAAUGAGGAAAUAGAAUGAUGUUAACAGUCACAUGUUUAUUUGACUUGAAAAUUAUAGAAAAUUUUGACCUCCUGGGCAUCUUUUUAGAACACCUAGAGUUUGUACAGAAUGGUGUAAAGAAGAAAAAAAAAACAAUUGUGGUUGGAAAUGCCUUGUUGAAGGAAGAACAGGCAAAAAAAGGCAUGGGCAAAGUGGUUAAAGCUAACAGGAAGGGUAUGGUAACUCAAAUAACCACUCUUAAAAACUGGGGUGAGCACAGGGUGGGUUACAGUAGGGCACCACGUUAGCUGUUUUUAUCAUCCUUAACUUACAUAAGUGGAACCCGAUUGCUGUGCUGUAGUCCAGUGUUUGCAUAUUAUGCAUUCUGAGAUGCUUUUCUGCUCACCAGAGUUGCAAAAAGUGGUUAUGAGGGUAACUGUAGACUUGCUUAAAGCAGACUGUCCAUUGUCCAAAUGAUUGGCUGAUUGGAUAAUUACAUGAAGGGGUACAGGUGUUCUACACUGCCUAGCCAAAAAAAGUUGCUAAUAUUUUUCUUUGACCACUUUUAGAUUUCAUUAACAUAGAUUCUCAACUUCUCAGUCCUAGAAUAUGCCUGUCCCCUAUAUCUGGGGAGAAAAACUCCACUGAUGUGAUAUCAUGGUCAUUCAGUACAUUUAGGUCGUCAGCUGACUUCAUUUUACUGCCACGUAACGUUGUUGAGACUAGACUUGAACGAACCUCAGAUCAUAACACUGUCUACAGAGGCUUGAACAGUGGCCACUAUGCAUGAUGACGCACCCAUGACUUGGGAAUAGAGUCAAUCUGGACUCAGACCACAUGAUCUUUUUUCCAUUUCAAACUUUAUGCUCUCUAGCAAAUUAAAGGGCAUUCUUUCUGAUUAGUCUCACUAACAAUUGAUUUCUUAUGUUCUCACAGCUGUUUCAUCCCAAUACUGUUUGUUCUUGUCACAUUGUGUAUAGAAAUGAUCUUCCUUUUACUAUUAAACAUAGCUUUCUACUCUCUUUUUAUGUCGCAAUCUCACCAAAUUAAGUGAUCUCCAAUUGUGCGUAUUUAUGUUUUUCCCCCUACAAAGUUGACAUUUCAGAGCUACUCUUUUAGGUUUUAAUAGAGCAUCAGACAGGGUUUGGCCCCAUUGCAGUUAUUUGAAUGUUUUCAUUGUUUGAUGGAGACUACUAACUUUUGAAAUAGUGACUUUUUUUGGCCAGACAGUCGCCAAUGAGUGUAUGAGAACUAAUACAAGAAUAUAGUCACUUUGAAAGAUGAAGAAAUGGAACUGGGAACAAAGUGGCUACCAUGUAGUUUAAACUGUGCUAAAUGUGCCUGUGUGUGUUAUAAGAAAAUAUGAAUAAAUAAUUUCUUCUUGUCGCUUGCCUUUAGCAUCUUCUAAGCAUAAAUAAAACUUGUUCUUACAGUAA